CAAAACAGGAAGCAAAGAAAAAACCACACCAGCAAGCUCCAUGAAUUGGCAUUGCUGCUACCGCUGGCCCCAAAGACCAAGAAGCUUACUAAGAAGGAGAUUCUGCAGUACAUCCUGCACUACAUUCAGUACCUCCAGAGGCACAUCGAUGUGGCCAAGGCUUUGCUCAAAUUCCACGCCAUCAAUGGGGAAGGUGGAGCUGGGGGGCUGGGCCGGAACGCCACUGUGGGCUCAGCAAGGCAGAGACACGUCACCCCAUCCGGCUGCCCACACUCUUGUCAGUCGGGCUUUGGGGGAACCUGUCGGAAACCUAGGAAGAAGAAGCUGACCCGAGCAUCAGGUGAUAGAAAUGGAGGAAGGUCCUGGCUGACAUUGCUGGAUGUGGCUAAGAACAGCGUUACUGUGACAUUCAAGAUCUGCUGCAAACACAAUGUCCAGGAUGAUGCGCCUUCCCCUGCCUUCCGGACCCAGCAAGAGGCCGAGAAGACCUGUUUUCUCUACAGAACACAGCCGUAUCCCAAGUACGAGCUGGUGUUCUACGAUUCCAGUGAGGAGAUGGACAAGGACGCCCCAGACCCUUGGCUUCCUGCCUGGACCCCAGAGGGCAGCCCUGAUGGAAGCCCACUGGCCUUGGGGCCUCCCCAGAUUGACAACUGGAGUGCGACGGGCCAACCGAGCGAGAUCCUAGGUCUCAGUCCUUCCCUCUUCAGCUCCCCAGGGAAACUGCUGACAGAACAGUUCUUGGAGGACGGCAGCGACUACCUGACCCAAGCUCUCUUUGAAGAAGUUUUCUUAGAUCCUGUGUCUUCACCUUCUGCCUGCGGGCUGGACGUCCCACUGGAGAAGGAAAGCAGUGAGCUGGAGCAUGAAGGGACACGGAUGUCUGCUCACAUCCCCUCCCAGGGCACACCCGCCGAGCUCCCCGAAGACCUUUGUGACUCCCACAGCCUGUGCCUGUCCUCGGCGUCACUGGGCCACCUCUCGCUGAGUGAGGACAGUUCUGAGGGCCUGGUCACCGACAUGGACACCGAGCUGGUGUGGAGGCAGCAGGACAACCCUGCGGACCCAAAGUCCGCCAGCGACGAGGAUGGAGACCGCACAUGGACCCCCACCCGGCGGGCGUCCGCCUUGCCCGCUGCCAGGAGGAAGGGCAGGAGGGCCCGGGCAGACGGCCGCCCCGUGAAGCUCAAGAACAAGAAAGCCCCCUGCUCCACGCAGCCAAAGAAGAAGUGUGUCAAUGGCUUCAUCAUGUUCUGUAGGAUGAACCGGAAGCAGUACAUCCGAGCCUGCCCGGGCACUGCAUCCACAACUGCCACCAAACAGCUGGCCCAGCUCUGGCGGGAGAUGACGGAGCAGGAGCGGAGACCGUACAGCAUCAAAGCGCGAAGGUUCAGCCGCCAGCACAAUCGGAUUGUGAAGCAGGAAAGCUCCAGCAGCGAGGAUGAGGACUGGGGGGUGCCCAAGCCCUUCUACCAGCUGCUGGCGGACCGGGCCCAGGGUGCCUCACAGCCCGCCGCUCAGCUGCCUUCUCGCCACAGAUGAGCCGUAACCACUUCACCUCUCCUCCCCACCUGCUGCUCCGCGACCGCGACCCGUUGGAAACCUUGAGCCAGUGAGGAAGAGGUUGCCCCCUCCUGGGCCUCACCCUGCUGGGCAGGUCUCCUUGGCCAGUUCCCAGGCUGGGAGGGGGCUUAUUGACCGCAGGGUUUGUGUGUUUGCCUUUAUGUGGGCAGCGGAGCUCUGCC